AUGGCGAGCGGCGCAGUUGCGGUGCACCACCCGUGCCACGGGUACGAGCCGCGGCCAGAGGUGGGGCAGGCAGGCCUCAAGUAUUUUAGCUCGGAGGACAUCGCCGUGCACAGCGACUGGGGCGGCGCCGGCUGCUGGGGCCGGGCGCUGAAUCAGAAUUUCGUGCGCGGCAAUUUCACCGCCACGCUGGGCAGGUCACUGGUGUGGUCGGCCUACACCAACGAGUCCGACGAGUCGGAGGGCCUCGUGGACGCUUUCGAGCCCUGGUCGGGCUGGUACGCCGUGAAGGCGCCUGCGUGGGUCGUCGCGCACACGACCCACUUUGUGCAGGUCGGCUGGGCGGCGCUCCCCGCGAGCUCAGGCUCCAGCGGCAUCCUGCGCAGGGGCGGUUCCUUCGUGACCUACCUGUCGCCGGGGCGGGACAACUUCACCGUGGUGUUGGAGAAACUGCACGGUGCAUGCCGGCGCUGCGGCGAGACGGUCACAGGUGCCGAGACAGUCGUCUUCAAGCUCACAGGGGGCCUCAUGGAGGCGGCCUGGGCGGCGCCGAACGGGGUCCUGGGCCUCUGGACGACGAACAAGACGCACACGGGCCUCUGGACAAACCUCACAGUCGACCCCGCCGACGGCACGUUUCAGUUCGAUGCUGAGCCCGAUUCCAUCUACACCGUGAGCACGACGGUCGCGCCCAGCCCGGGCACCGGCCGCGCGCUGAAGCAGUGGGUGACGCGCCAGGCGGGCAGCAACCAGUGGGUCGCGGACGACACGGAGCCGAUCACCGCGGUAGGGGUCGACCUCGGCAACGUCGCGGUGGCGGCAGAGGCAUCGCUGCAGGCUCUGGAGGAAUGGCUGAAAAUCUUUGCCGCUCUUCGAGCGCACUGCAGAUUUUUCCGAAGCGAUAGUUCUCGCGAGGCGCUCGCGGUUUGGUUGGAAAGAGAGGGGCGCGGAGACUUUUCGAUAUUGUUGAGAUACUUCUCUGCAUCGUUCGCCAAGUGGAGGUUCGACGCGUUCCUGGGUGCUGUCGUCGCACUGAGCAGGCUUCGCUUUGCACUCGCGCUGUUCAGACCUCGCAUGCUCGGCGCGCCCCAGCGCGCGCAGGACUUCAACGAAGUUCCCAAGCACAGGGGCGACAGUCAUUGCUGGCGUUGGGCGAGCGGCUUCACCGCGAUGGCGAGGCCGAUCGAGCGCGUUAGGCGCCGCCAGUGGGCGGCGGAGAUGCUGGCGAUGGCGGCGGCGGCCUUGCCCCGCCACCUGGGCGCGACGCAGCGCUGGUCAUGCCCCACGGAGGGGCCACCUUUGCCCGCCGACCAGGGGGCCAACUUGAAGAAGAGCUUUUUGGCCGCAGCGAUUCACCCCCGCUGCUUCUACAGCGUCGCGGUCCCAGACCUCGACGACCCCUUCGUGUUCGAAGCCUUGAAGGGCAUCUCGUUGCCGUGGGGCCCCUUGGUGGAGCAGGGCUUGGCGGAGAUGCGCAGCGACGCCCCGAUCGAUUAUUGCAAGAACUCGCUCCGAGGGAACAUCGUUCUACCUGGACUGCCAGCGAGCACGCACAAGCGGAUGCUACAAGGGGAGGCGUUCGAGGACGUGAUCGCCGAACAAGACCGCCCUGAAGACGUGGAAGACGGCGAAGUCCCUGGCGGGGAGCCCGAGCUUGCUGCCUCGGUGGACGGUUCGGAAUCUGCCGGGCCUAUUUGCGACGAGUCGCUAAGGCGGAACGCGAUGGCUGCUCAGUGUGUUGAUCUGGGCAUCUACCAGCCCAUUGCGUACCUGGCCGCGUGGCAGGAUAUGGGCCGACACAGGGGCAAGGCUGCCCACGGGAGUCGGCACCUGGAGAUUCCUCUGGAAGACCAGAGGGCGUGGCUACAGAUGGUGCUGACCUUGAAGGAGCGCAGACUUCAGUGCGUCAUCAUGGCGAAGGAUAAGGGGAUCAAGAUCCUCAAGCGCAUCAACGCGAACUAA